AAAUGAGGAAUUGCACUUUGCGAAGGGUAAGAAAGGAGAGAGAGAAGCUGCGCACCUUUUCAUACUAGUGCUGAUUGCUGAAACUGCCAUCGCUCGCCAUUUGCACAAAGAUCCCAACAACACUUGAAAGUUGAAACAGAAAAACACCAAUCCCUCAUCGUACUGUUCCGUUAUCAAUUCUCGUGUUUAAGUCUGCCUACGUUCCGCUUCCUUUGCCAUCAGAGCAAGUCCACGCUUUGAACCCGGUCGGGUCACACAUGGCUACACCACCACAAUGGGAAUUUAGCUGUGACAUGGAAAUGUAUUUUGGAUCGGAGGAGAAUGCUUCCAUUGUGUAUGCUGCCUUAGCAGUUGACAAAGAGUUACAGCCUGAUAAAGUAAAACGACUUAUGACAGUGUCUGAUGGAAAGCUAUCAGUGCACUUUGAGGCAACAGAAGCCAGAUUUCUUCGGGCAUCAUUUAGUGCUUUUGUAGAUGUCCUGACACUAGCCACCAAAACUAUUGAAGAAUUUGGUCAAGUAAUGAAGUUGUGACGUCUCCUCAUAUAUUGAAUGUUAGAUUGUUGAAGUGGACUAUGACUUUUACUGUCUGAAUGUACCCUUAUUUGUUUCUUUCAAGCAGGAAAAGAUUUUCACAUUGUUUUGAAUUUGUAUUACAUGAUGUUUCAAGGGUUUAAUAUGUAAUGCUUAGUCACUCUAAUAAUCUUCUUCUACUACUACCUACUCUCAAUUCCUGAAUGCUAAUUGUUGACAUGACACAGACAAACAUGACACUUGUUUUCUUAUAUUUAGAAAUUUGUAAUAUAUUGUAUUUGUUUAAA